AUGACCACAUUACGAGAACGCCAACUAAAUGCUUUAAAGCAAAUGCUCAAUUUAAAUCAGCCUAUAACAAAAAAUAUAGCAAAUGAACCUAAUUGGAAAGUUCUCACUUACGACAGAGUUGGACAAGAUAUUAUUUCUCCACUUAUAUCAAUUAAAGAGCUAAGAGAACUAGGUGUGACUCUACAUGUGCAACUUCAUUCAGAUAGAGAUCCAAUACCUGAAGUACCAGCAGUUUAUUUCUGUGCACCAACAGAAGAGAAUAUUGGCAGAAUAUGUCAAGAUCUUGAUAAUGGAAUAUAUGACCAAUAUCACCUUAAUUUUAUUUCACCAAUAACAAGGCAGAAACUUGAAGACUUAGCAGCAUCUGCUAUCCAAUCUAAUUCUGCUGUAAGCAUUCAGAAAGUUUAUGAUCAAUACCUUAACUUCAUAUGUUUGGAAGAUGAUCUUUUUAUUAUGAAACACCAGCAGUCAGAUUUGUUAUCUUAUUAUGCUAUAAAUAAAGGGGACACAAAAGAUACUGAAAUGGAAAAUAUCAUGGACAAUAUUGUAGAAAGUUUAUUUUCAGUAUUUGUUACAUUAGGUAAUGUUCCAAUAAUUAGAAGCAGUAAAGGUAAUGCAGCAGAAAUGGUAGCCAAGAAACUUGAUAAAAAAUUAAGGGAAAACUUAUGGGAUGCCAGAAACAAUUUGUUUCAUGGGAACACCGGUCAAGGUGGUUCAUUCAGCUUUACAAGACCUAUGCUCAUUUUGUUAGAUAGAAAUAUAGAUAUGGCUACGCCUCUACAUCACACAUGGACAUACCAGGCACUUGCACAUGAUGUGCUUGACUUGUCACUAAACAGGGCAAUGGUUCCCGAGAGUACUAACACAGCUGUGUCAUCAGGCCAAAAAGUAAAAACGCGUGUUUGUGAUUUGGAUUCCAAAGACCCAUUAUGGAUGGAACAUAAGGGUAGCCCAUUUCCCACUGUUGCAGAAGCAAUACAGGAAGACUUAGAUAAAUACAGGAGUUCAGAAGCAGAAGUAAAAAAGUUGAAAAGCUCAAUGGGUCUGGAUGCUGACAGUGACCUUGCUUUAAGUCUUGUGAGCGACAACACUCAGCGUCUUACCAGCGCCGUCAACUCCUUACCACAGUUGAUGGAAAAGAAACGCCUUAUUGAUAUGCAUACUACAAUUGCAACAGCAAUACUCAAUGCAAUAAAAUGUAGAAGGUUAGAUUCAUUCUUUGAAUUGGAAGAGAAAAUAAUGAGUAAAAGUAGUAGUGUGGAAAGCAAAGCAGUGAUGGAUUUAAUAUCAGACCCCAGCGCUGGGACUGAAGAGGACAAAAUGCGUCUAUUCAUUAUUUACUAUUUGUGCACAUCACAAAUCCCUGAGGAUGAGUAUAAAAAGUUUGAAUCAGCACUACAGACUGCUAACUGCGAUAUCAAACCAAUGACAUAUAUGAGAAGAUUAAAGGGGUUCACUAAAAUGUCGAGUCAGUAUGAAGGUGGAGGAACAAAAACGGUUUCGAUGUUCUCUAAACUGGUAUCCCAGGGUUCUUCAUUUGUAAUGGAAGGGGUUAAAAAUUUAGUGGUCAAGAAACAUAAACUACCAGUGAGUCGCACCGUAGAAGCGGCGCUGAGUGGUAGCGAAGUGAGUGGCGAUCUCACCUGGAUGGACCCACGCGCCGCUCGUACGGACGCGGCGGCGAGAGCGCGCGCCUCUAGAAACCCACCGCCCACUGACGCGGUAGUGUUUCUUGUUGGAGGCGGCAACUAUAUCGAGUACCAUAACCUCAUUGAUUUCGCUAAGCAACAAGCUGCUAGCGGCACACCUAGAAAAAUUAUCUACGGAUCCACAACGUUACCUAAUGCGUCGCAGUUUUUAAAACAGCUGUCAUUAUUAGGAGAGGAAAUCCAGUGA